AUAUGAACGUUUGCCAUUGGCCUUGGGGUUUGGAGAUAUCACCACGGUGUUGUGUUCUUCUUCUCGGGAAGAUGGUGGUUUCAGCGGACACCAUCCGCACGGCUGUUGGCAUCAUGGGGAACGCCACCGCUCUGGUGCUCUUCUUCUCGCCAGCUCCGACGUUUUGUAGGAUAUGGAAGAGUAGAAGCGUGGAGCAAUUCCCGGCCACCCCGUACCUGGCAACCCUACUCAACUGCAUGAUGUGGGUGCUGUACGGGCUGCCCAUGGUGCACCCCCACAGCACCUUGGUUCUCACCAUCAAUGGCUCGGGCCUUGUCAUCGAGCUUAUUUACGUGCUCGUCUUCCUUGGCUGCUCCCACGGAGACCAGCGGCUUCGUGUGUUGUUGGUGCUGCUACUCGAGAUUGCUUUCGUGGGUGCAGUGGGUGCCCUCAUCCUCACUCUUGUCCACAGCCACGAGCGCCGGUCGUUGAUAGCUGGAGUGCUCUGCGUCAUAUUUGGGGCCGCCAUGUACGCCGCUCCCUUGGCUGCCAUGAGACAGGUGAUACGGACAAGGAGCGUGGAGUUCAUGCCUCUCCCCCUUUCACUGGCCUCUUUCGUCAAUGGCCUUUGUUGGACCACCUACGCCACCAUCCGCUUUGACCUCUUCAUCACCAUACCGAAUGGCUUGGGAGUGGCGUUUGCAGUCGCUCAGCUCGCAUUACACGCGGUGUACCACGGAUCAACUGCACGGCAAAAGAAAGGAGGGAGAAGGGAAGCAGAGAUCGGGCUGGUGAAGCCAAAUGGAAGAAGCUUGGAAGAGGAGGUGGCAAAAGGGAUACGAGUUGAAAGCGGGGUGAUAUCAGUCGAAGAGACCAACAAAUCCUCCAUGGGGACGAACAAGAAUCUUGAGGUAUGACGACGAGGUGGUUGCUGGCUGCUGCUGCAUGGUGUUCCACUCCCUCCCUAAGAUGUAAACCAUGAGAUACGAAGACUGUGAGAUGGGAUCGUCGGUUCAAUGGUUAUAUUCAACUAUUUUGGUAACCCGUUGCUGCAUGCUCGCGAUUCACAGAGUCA